UAGAUUGUUAUGCUGACGGCAUUAUUACUUCAUAGUGAAAUUAUUGUGCCAAUCGCCAAUGCUACAGUCGACAGAUUCCUGCAAGAUUUUAUUCAGUAUAACAUAGCAGGUGUACCUAUCGUGCACGAGAAAACGGAAUGGGACUUUGAUCCGAAUGUCGGCAAGCAAAGAAGGAUUCGAUACGAACAGGAAAACGGACGUUUCGGAGAAUACGCUAUAGCAAAAAUUGGAAUGGGCAUUGGAUACAAAGGUCCAUGGGGAACAUCAGUGAAAUAUUAAAUUGUAUGCAAUUACAUGUCUUUAACAUAAUGCUCAUAUUUUCUUGAAGUGACAUAUGGAUCAAAUCUUCGUGUAAAUAUAUCUCUUAUAAAUCAAAUUCAAAUUUUCGUUUAUUU